AUGGCCGGCCUCAGCCUCGCCUGCUGCCUGCUCGGCCUCCUGGCGCUGACGUCCGCCUGCUACAUCCAGAACUGCCCCCUGGGCGGCAAGAGGGCCGCUCUGGACCAGGACGUACGCCAGUGUCUCCCCUGCGGCCCCGGGGGCAAAGGGCGCUGCUUCGGACCCAGCAUCUGCUGCGGGGACGAGCUGGGCUGCUUGGUGGGCACGGCCGAGGCGCUGCGCUGUCAGGCGGAAAACUACCUGCCGUCGCCCUGCAUAUCUGGCCAGAAGCCGUGCGGGAGCGGCGGCCGCUGCGCCGCCCCGGGCAUCUGCUGCAGCGCAGACACCUGCCGCGACGACCUCGCCUGUGAAUCCGAGGUCUCCUUCUCCCAGCUCUGA